AACCGGUUAGCUGCGCCCCCCCCCGCCUGCAGGCCACGCCGUCGUCACGCGCCAACUUAUCAAUUCGAGGAACGUCAGCUUCGUCGUCUCACUUGAGUCAUCUCAACUUCACAACUUCAUUCCAUUACUUUGACCAUCACAACUUGGCGAACUCACUACCAACUCAACAUUCAACAUCUCCAAUCCGGCAUCGCCAAUCCACCCAUCCCAUAACCAAUCCCAACUCAACUAGGCAACCAACCGACCAACCCACCAAAAUGACGAAGCUCACCCUCCAAGACCUGGACCCAUCCCCCCCCUCCACCACGGGCACCAACACCAGCACCAACAAAGAACAGCUCACCUUCCUCGAGCCCAUCCCCUCCUACGAAGAAUCCAUCGCCGCGCCACGGCCCAACGCCAUCCAAAUCCUCGGCGCGACCUUCGGCGGCGUAGUCGUGACCCCCGAAAUCCAAAAACUCGUCGGCGACACCGACCGCCUCGCCCUCGACCUGCGCACCCUCAACGCCACCCUCGGCCCGGACCCCGCGCCCGGCAAAGUCAAGGUCCUGACCAUCCUCUACCGCUUCGACGACGACCUCCCGCAAACCGACGCCCGCCUCUUGCUGGUAUCCGAGGACGCGGGCCCCGCCUCCCGCAUCAUCCGCAUCGACCGCCACAUGACGGGGCAGCAGCAGCAGCAAGAGCGGGCGGGCCUGCGGGCGGGCGGGCAGCGGUAUUUUCAUGGCGUGUUGGAAAGGCCGUGGCGGGCGGGCGCCAGCGGGCAGGUGGAUAUCUUGGCCGUGGUGUACCCAACUUGCAUUCUGGCUCUCAGCUUUUCGACAGAUCCCAUGGUAGACCACUUGUAG